AUGAGGAAACAGGGCUGGGCACUGACAGGCCCUGCCCGCCCCCUGCUGGACCGCUUCCGCCCGCCGGGGGGGCGCUCGGGACCCGCCGCCCGACGCACUCUACAGCGCCGCCGGGAGGGGGCGCCCAAGGGCCGCACUCCCUCCGCCCCCCCAGCACUCUCACGGCCGCCGGAGGGGGCGCCCUCGGGACCACUCUCACGGCCGCCGGAGGGGGCGCCCUCGGGCCGCACUCUCUCCCCCCCUAGCACUCUCACGGCCGCCGGAGGGGGCGCCCUCGAGCCGCACUCAGUUCCCCCCCAGCACUCUGAUGGCCGCCGGAGGGGGCGCCCUAGGGCCGCACUCACCCCCCCGUAUUCUCAUGACCGCCGGGAGGGGGCGCCCUCGAGCCGCACUCUCACCCCCCAGCACUCUCACGGCCGCCGGAGGGGGCGCCCUCGGGCCGCACUCCACCGCCCCCCAGCACUCUCAUGGCCGCCGGAGGGGGCGCCCUCGGACCGCACGCACUCCCCCCCAGCCCUCUCACGACCGCCGGAGGGGGCGCCCUCGAGCCGCACUCACUCCCCCCCCCAGCACUCUCUCACGGCCGCCGGAGGGGGCGCCCUCGGGACGCACUCACUCCCCCCAUCCCCCAGCACUCUCACGGUGGCCGGAGGGGGCGCCCUCGAGCCGCACUCAGUCUCCCACCGGCACUCUCACGGCGGCCGGAGGGGGCGCCCUCGAGCCGCACUCACUCACCCACCAGCACUCUCAUGGUUCCCGGGGUUCAGCGCGCAUGCGCCGCCGCUCCCGGCCCCGCUCCGCGCAGGCGCGCGAGGCGUCGGGAGCGCGCCGCGCUCGGGCCCGCGGGCUGAGACGGGGAUUUAA